ACGCUGCGAUUCGAGCAGGUCCCUCUGCUGAACAUGUGCCAUACUUUUCCGUACAGUAGUGAUGUUGGGCGCACUCCUACUCUCCUCUUCCGUUCCGUGGUUACCUCUUGGCACGUGAAACUCGCUAGAAUGCGCAAGACUUGGAAUAUUGGUAGGCUUCGAAGUAGGUCCACGUCCUUAGUACUUUUAGUCACCUGCUGCUCUAUUCAUCAUUUAUGAUUGGCACUUAGUACGACCACAAUCCUCCUCGCCCGUUGACUAAAAUGGCGCGUAGCCGACAAAGUUUUGCAAUGCUGACGGCCGCUGUCAGUAUUGCCGCUAUCGCAUCUCUCCUUCCGCCAGUGACGUCAGAUUCGUCAACGCAGCAGCAACCGCAAAGGGGAUGGAAGCCGCAACAGCCGGCGCGAUGGACGGCGUGCGACUACUCGAGAGGGUGGUGGAUUCGCAAGCCGGCACCGUCCGCGCCAUACGGCUCGAGCUGCCCCUUUCUCAAGGACGUGGGCCCCGUGAAUUGCAUCAACCGACCCAAACGGCGCUCUCUCUCCUGGCUGGGUUAUCGCUGGUGGCCCGCGGCGUGUCAAGUACCAGCGUACGGUUUCAGGCCCUUCCACUUUCUGGAGAUGAUGCGGAACAGAGUGAUUGCAUCGGUGGGCGAUUCCCUCUCCUACGAGAAUCUGAUGCCCUCGCUAUUGUGUCACAUCCAUGGCGCCUCUCCGGUCACCGAGAUUCCUAAUGACGGGUCACUGGCCGUACUGCAGAAACGGAGCAGAGUGUAUCGCGUACAGGCGUAUAAUGUCACUCUUAUCAACACGUGGAGCACGUUUCUUAACGAGUACUGGCAAGAUGAACUGACCCUCUCGCGCUACAGUGGCGGCAAGAAUCGCACAGCCGAAGAUUCCGUGAUCAAUCUGGAUGGCGUAGAUCCGGCGCUUGCCGCCCGGGUGACUAAGUACGACGUGCUUAUACUGCAGACAGCCGCCCACUGGCAGGCCAAGCCCAACAAGUGGCGGCGGUACUUUGUGGACGGGCAGGGCAGGCGGGUGUUUACUGAGAGGCAGUACAUUGCGGCUUUUGAACGGGGCAUGCGAGCCAUAGUGGCUCUGCUAAACCGCACAAACCCCACCACCCCUGCGGUCGCCCGCACACCUGUGCCCUUCUUCCUCUCCGCUCCAGCCAAGAUCAACCGCUGCAAGGGCCACUCGCAGCCCCUCACUUACGCCCGGGUACUGCAGACUCGUUAUAAGAUCCCUCAGUACACCCGAUGGCUGCCAGCCCAGCAGCGCACAGUAAAGGGGACGAGAAUCCGCCUCCUAGACGUCACCUCAUCUUCUCUCUACCGCCCAGACUCGUUUGUGGGGUCGGGUGGCAUUAACAAUGACUGCGUGCAUUACUGCCUCCCUGGUGUGCCUGACUCCUGGGUUGACAUGCUUCACAAUAUGCUCUCCAGGCAAACGAUCUUCCGAGUGCCAAAAGGGGCUGAUAUUGUGAGAUAGACAAGCACCUGGUGUGCCUGCCUGGGUUGACAUGAUUCCUGAGUUGACUCGGAGUGCAUACAAGUUGCCAAGAUAGCCUGUCUGGCAAACAUAUCGCCUUGGAGUCGGUCUCUCAGCACCCCAAGGAGGCAGUAUUGCAUGCAGGCAAUCAUUGUGCACACCAGCCGGGCCCGCAAAGAAACCCGGCGCAUCAUGAAUUCCUGUAUCUUGGCAAAUUGUGCAGUAAUGCUCGCGUACGGUAUGUGUUUG